AGCGAGCGCGGCGCAGGCACUGAAGGCGGCGGCGGGGGCCAGAGGCUCGGCGGCUCCCAGGCCUGCUGAAAAUGACUGAAUAUAAACUUGUGGUAGUUGGAGCUGGUGGCGUAGGCAAGAGUGCCUUGACGAUACAGCUAAUUCAGAACCACUUUGUGGAUGAAUAUGAUCCUACGAUAGAGGAUUCCUACAGGAAACAAGUAGUAAUUGAUGGAGAAACCUGUCUCUUGGAUAUUCUCGACACAGCAGGUCAAGAGGAGUACAGUGCAAUGAGGGACCAGUACAUGAGGACUGGGGAGGGCUUUCUUUGUGUAUUUGCCAUAAAUAAUACUAAAUCAUUUGAAGAUAUUCACCAUUAUAGAGAACAAAUAAAAAGAGUUAAAGACUCUGAAGAUGUACCUAUGGUCCUAGUAGGAAAUAAAUGUGAUUUGCCUUCUAGAACAGUAGACACAAAACAGGCUCAGGACUUAGCAAGAAGUUAUGGAAUUCCUUUUAUUGAAACAUCAGCAAAGACAAGACAGAGAGUGGAGGAUGCUUUUUAUACAUUGGUGAGAGAGAUCCAACAAUACAGAUUGAAAAAAAUCAGCAAAGAAGAAAAGACUCCUGGCUGUGUGAAAAUUAAAAAAUGCAUUGUAAUGGGUGUUGAUGAUGCCUUCUAUACAUUAGUUCGAGAAAUUCGAAAACAUAAAGAAAAGAUGAGCAAAGAUGGUAAAAAGAAGAAAAAGAAGUCAAAGACAAAGUGUAUAAUUAUGUAAAUACAAUUUGUACUUUUUUCUUAAGGCAUACUUAAGUAAAAGUGGUAAUUUUUGUACAUUACACUAAAUUAUUAGCAUUUGUUUUAGCAUUACCUAAUUUUCUUUCUGCUCCAUCCAAACUGUUAGCUUUUAUCUUGAAUGCUUAUUUUAAAAUGACAGUGGAAACUUUCUUUCCUCUAAGUGCCAGUAUUCCCUGAGUUUUGGUUUUUGAACUAGCAAUGCCUGUGAAAAAGAAACUGAAUACCUGAGAUUUCUGUCUUGGGGCUUUUGGUGCAUGCAGUUGAUUACUUCCUAUUUUUCUUACCAAUUGUGAACUUUGGUGUGAAACAAAUUAAUGAAGCUUUUGAAUCAUCCCUGUUCUCUGUUUCAUCUAGUCACAUAUAUGGAUUAAUUACUAAUUAUAACUUCAGUUGAGAUUUCCUGUUUGGUUCUACUGAAACAUUGAGGGAACACGAAUUUAUGGGCUUCCUGUAGAUUCAUCUUGUAGAGAUCAUGUCCUAUAGUUUCAGUCACCCGUAAUGAAUGUAAAGUUACACUGUUCACAAAGAUUUUCUCCCUCUUUCCACUGCUACUUGUCAUGGUCAUGCUCCCAAAAAUAUUAUAUUUUUUCUAUAAAAAGGGAAAAAAUGGAAAAAAAUGCAAGGCAAUGGAAAAUAUUAAAAGGCCAUUUACUUUCCAUAUUAGAUAAAUUCCUAUAAUACUCUGAAUAGCUUUUCCUGUUAAGGCAUACCCAGUGUGUAAUGAGGAUUAUAGCAGCCAUUUUGGGAGCUAUAUUUACAUGCUACUAAAUUUUUGUAAUAAUUGAAAAAAUUUUAACAUGUAUAAAAAAUUCUCAUAGGAAUUAAAUAUAGUCUCCCUAUGUCAGAUUGCUCUUUCUUAGCAUAACUUUUAAAUCUUUUCUUGAACUUCAGUCUUUGAAAAUAGUUUUAAUUCUGGUAGUGAGGUUAAAGAUUAUUUUGGCCAGUUAGCUUAGUAGGUGUUAAAGAGACCAAGGUUGCAAGGCCAGGCCUGUGUGAACCUUUGAGCUUCAUUGAGAGUUUCACAGUAUGGACUGCAUCCUUGUGGUCUUCCAGUGUUGUCAUGCAUUGGCUGGUCAGAAAUGGGGACUAGGAGAGAGUUUAGAUAGCUCAGCAAGAUGCAUUCUCACUGUGUGGUGGUCCUGCUGACAGAUCAGGAACAUGACUUUUGUUUAAAAAAAAAAACAAACAACAGAACUUGUUAAAAAAAAAGUAUUUUAAAUGAGAUUUUGGGGUGGGGAAUGGCAAGACUUUAAUUUUUUUUAAGCAGUGAAAUGAAAAAGUUUCAAAAUCUCUAGUAUUGGCUAGUUCUCUUAAUACUGGCUAAAGUAACAUUUCAUAAACAUUUUAUAAGUCUGGUCCAUAUUUAAAAAUAUCUAAUGCUUAAAAAUAGAUAAGUUAAUAUUAACAAAAUGAUUCAAUGCAUUUAAAAUGUUACUUAUUUUAACAUAUUUCAAGUGAGAUGGUAUGUUGAGGUGAAAAUAUCACUGGACUAAGAGGAAGGUGACUUAGAUUCUAGUCUUUUACAACUCUGAUUUUGGGCAAGUCACUUACUAUCCAUUUCUUCAUGUUAAAAGAAGUCAUCUCAAAGGCUAUAUCUAGCAUUACAACUAUGUGAUUUACAUGCAGUUUACAUAAGGAUAUACCUAUUUGUCAAUCUCAGCACAGUCUGUAACUUUUUACCUGUGUUAUCAUCUUCACUGCCAGUCUCAGGCAAAAUUGUGCAAGAGGUGAAGUUUAUUGUUGAAUAUCCAUUCUCCAGGUUCAGGAGUCCUCUCUCAUAUUAGUGUCAUCUUGCCUGCCUCCCUUUCUACAUGCCCCAUGACUUGAAGCUUUUUCUUUUAAUACUUCUGAUUCCCCUAACCUCAAGAUUUAUUGCUGCUUUGGAUAUCUACAUGAAGGCUUCCCAUCAAGUCAAAUCAGAAUGCCCUACAUCUUAUUUCCUCAGACUCAACAUAAUCUGACAGAUACUAUAAUGGGAUUUAACCUAAUAGCUAAU